CGGCCGCCACCCCGCGGCCGGCCGCAGCCUCGAACCCGCGGCCCCGGGCAGCCAUGGCGGCGGCCGCGUGACGUCAGGCGGCGGCAUGGCGGCGGGCCCGCUGCUGUGGCUGGCGGCGGCGCUGGGGCCGGCGGUGGCGGCGCCGCGCUACGGCCCCGACUGGGGCAGCCUGGACGCGCGGCCGCUGCCGGCCUGGUUCGACCGGGCCAAGGUGGGGGUGUUCGUGCACUGGGGCGUCUUCUCCGUGCCGGCCUGGGGCUCCGAGUGGUUCUGGUGGCACUGGCAGGGCGAGCGCCGCGCCGACUACGAGCGCUUCGUGCGGGAGCGCUACCCGCCCGCCACCGCCUACGCCGACUUCGCGCCCCGCUUCACGGCCCACGACUUCCAGCCCCGCGAGUGGGCACGGCUCUUCCAGCGGGCCGGCGCCAGGUACGUGGUGCUGACCACGAAGCAUCAUGAAGGCUUCACCAACUGGGGGUCACCCGUGUCCUGGAACUGGAAUUCUGUGGAUAUGGGGCCCCACCGUGACCUUGUAGGAGAGCUGGGACAAGCCCUCAGGGAGAGCAACAUACGCUAUGGACUAUAUCAUUCUCUGUUAGAGUGGUUUAAUCCACUCUACCUAGCUGACAAAGAAAGUGGCUUCAAGACCCAGAACUUCGUUUUGAAGAAGACAAUGCCAGAACUUUAUGAUCUUGUCCUAAAGUAUAAACCAGAUUUGAUUUGGUCGGAUGGAGACUGGGAAGCUCCGGACUCGUACUGGAAUUCUACCUCUUUCCUUGCCUGGCUUUAUAAUGAUAGUCCUGUCAAGGACACUGUUGUUGUGAAUGACCGUUGGUGUAAUAACUGCUCUUGCCGUCAUGGAGGCUACUACAAUUGUGCUGACAAAUACAAACCAGGGACCUUGCCAGCUCACAAAUGGGAGAUGUGCUCCUCCAUUGACAAGCUUUCCUGGGGCUAUCGAAGCAACAUGCACAUUGAUGAGUUAAUGGAUGAAGCAAGUAUCAUCGAGGAGCUAGUGCAAACUGUGAGUUUUGGAGGCAACUACCUUCUCAAUGUGGGCCCUACAAAGGAAGGAGUGAUUGUUCCCAUCUUCCAAGAAAGGCUUCUGGCCCUCGGGAGGUGGCUGGACACUAACGGGGAGGCAAUUUAUGAAUCGAAGCCAUGGAGAGUACAGAUGGAGGACACAGGCACUGUCUGGUACACUUCUAAAGGACCAGUUGUCUAUGCCAUUUUUCUGAUCUGGCCUCAGGACAACGUGCUGCAGCUGUCCUCACCCACUCCGUCCCCAGCCACACAAGUGUCGAUGUUGGGUUUUGCAGGGACUCUGGAGUGGCAGAAGGCCCCGGGUAAGGGACUGCUCGUAACUCUGCCACCCAUGCCUCUGUCUCCCCUGCCUGCGCAGCCUGGCUGGGCUCUCAGGCUUGAGGGCGUGAACUGACAGCCGUGGCCUGGGAGCAGCUCCCCCCCGCCUGUCUCUUGUAUUAAGUCUAAGAUGAUCUUUCAGUCACUGUUGAAUAAAUCGCUUUUCUCUUGAGAG